UAGUCAAACUUGGCAACAUCGUUACUCUGAUCAGCAGAAAUCCCUUUGAAUUGCAGUGCAAAUUUGGAACACAGUAUUCUCCCUCAAUUGAACUCCGGAAUUUUCCCUCUGGGAAUUCCACGGCAAACUUCCUCAAUACGCUCUUCCCGAGGAGCUAGAUGGAUUACAGAAUAGAUGAAGACUCCGACAUUACUGAUUCUGAGAUUGAGAAGUAUUCGGAGAAACCAUUUCACGCCUUGAGAACCGGGCUUUGCAAAGUCAAGAACCCAGAUGGUACCUUCAAGUGCCCAUUCUGUCAGGAUAAGAGGAAGCAAUCAUGUAGCUUUAAAACAUUACUACAGCAUGUCUCAGGUUUUGCCGCCACAAGUUCUGCUCAGCGAAGAUCAAAAAGGAAAGCUCUCCAUCUUGCUUUGGCUAGAUAUUUGAAGUUUGACCCUGGCUUUGCGAAAGCUGAAACUAGCUGGCAUAAUGUCAAAGCUAUGCCUUCGAAUCAGAUUCUUGAAGAGGCAGACAAGCUGCAGAAAGCAUUGUAUGAUGCAGAAAUGGAGAAGAUGCAGCGCAUUGCUCAAUGUCAUGUUACAAGGAUAUCACAAGAGCACGAGAAGGUAUAUCAUGAACUAAAGACUAAGGAAGGGCAACUUGAUUGUUAUGACCAGGAAUUAAACAAAAGUAAUGUAUAUACUGAGCGUGUUCGGCAGAAACUGCAGGAAAAGCAGCAGGAAUUCAAAAGGUUUGCAGGUUUCUCUUAGUUCUUCACUCCUUUUCUCUUCCAAGGAGCUAGAUGGAUUACAGAAUAGAUGAAGACCCCGACAUUACUGAUUCUGAGAUUGAGAAGUAUUCCGAGAAACCAUUUCACGCCUUGAGAACCGGGGUUUACAAGAACCUAGAUUGUGCCUUCAUGUGCCCAUUCUGUCGGGAUAAGAGGAAGCAAAGCUAUAAAACACUACUAGAGACGAUUGACCGUAACUAUGGGAAAGCUAAAACUAGCCGCCCUAAUGUCAAAGCUAUACCUUCGAAUCUGAUUCUUGAAGAAGCAGACAAGCUGCAGAAAGCAUUGUAUGAUGCAGAAAUGGAGAUAAUGCAGGGCAUUGCUCAAUGUCAUGUUACAAGGAUAUCACAAGAGCACGAGAAGGUAUAUCACGAGCUAAAGACUAAGGAAGGACAGCUAGAUUGUUAUGACCAGGAAAUAAACAAAAGUAAUGUCUACACUGAGCGUGUUCGACAGAAACUGCAGGAAAAGCAGCAGACUGUUAAAAGAAUCAAUUCACUACAAGUGGCUUCCAUGGAGCUGCAGACAGCACGUGUAAAUAUAUUGAAGCUCACUGAAGAACAGCAGAAAGAAAAAGAAGAGCCCUUGAAGAAGUUUCUUCAGCUUGAAGCUAAGCAUAAGUUGCAGUUAGAGAUCGAAGAAUUUAAAGGAAAGUUUGAAGUCAUGAAGUGUUUAGGAGAUGAUGGCACUGUUGUAUACCAGAGGAAGUUGGAGGAUAUGACUGAAGAGUUGAAUCAAAAGAUUGGAGUUUUGAACCAUUUGGAAACUUCGGUUGAGACAUCAUCUUCUCAGUUAGAAAAGGAGCUAAGUGAUAGGGAGAACCUUUUGAGAGAUGCUGAUCAUGCUGCCAUGCUGAUAAAGAUGGAGAAGAUGACAGAAGAAUUGAAUGAUAAGAUUGAAGAGGUGAGCAAUUUGGAAGAUAUGAAUAAAGAAUUGAAUGAUAAGAUUGAAGAGAUGAGCAAUUUGGAAGAAACGAAUACAGUACUAGCGAUUAAACUACGGCAGAGCAAUGACGAACUGAAAGAUGCCCGGGCUACAUCAAUUGUGGGUCUGUCGCACACUUUUCCAGGUAAUUACACUGUCAUUGGAGUGAAAAGAAUGGGGGAAAUCGACAUGAAGGCCUUUAUUUCGGAGUGCAAGAGAAGAUACCCAGCGAAUGUAGCCUUGACAAAAGCAGGAAUGGAGUGCUCAUUGUGGCAGAACAAUUUGUCAGAUCCAGAGUGGCAUCCUUUCAAAGUCAAAUUCCAAGGGGAGAUGAAGGAAGCAAUCGAAGUAAUCAACGAGGAAGAUGAGAAGUUGAAGUUACUGAAGGUCCAGUGGGGUGAUGAAGUCUACAAAGCAGUUACAAUGGCCUUGCUAGAAAUCAAUGAGUACAAUCCAAGCGGGAGAUAUGUCGUGAAAGAGCUUUGGAACUACAGGCAACUGUAAAAGAGGUUUUGAUUUUUGUUUUCCAGAAUCUGAAGAGUCAACCUCUAAAGCGUCAGAGGCGAAGUUGUUCAACUAACAACAGCAAUAGCAGCAGCAACAUCAACAACAACAACAGCAACAACAGCAACAACAGCAACAGCAACAGCCAGUGUGGUUAAAACAAACCAUGGACAACUUUUUGGCGAGUUCAUAGAUAUGACGCAUUGCAAUGGUUGAAUUAGAGAGGAGUGAAGGAGACAUAAAUCAUAGUUUUAUGACAUUGGAAGAAAUCAGGUUAGAGAAUGAUAAGCAUAAUAAUGGGUAAAACGAGCUAAUCCGAGAACAAGGAGAAUGCAGCAGCAGCUGUCCUUCUUACUAUUUGGACAAAUUCACCCUCUGGAAAACCCUAGCUGUUCGAAUUUCUCUACUGAUCUCACUUUGAAGAUGGUGAUUUUAAGAAAGAAGAUGUUGCAGAUCCUACUGGCAGGAGUGGUUCCUUUCCAAACGAAUAGGAAAUUGCAAUUUAACGUCACAGAAAGUGUUGAAUACUGCUGGAUGGACUAUGAAUUAGAUGCAGCAAUAUAACUCAGAUGUAAUACUACUAAGUGCAGUUGGACAGGAAGCAAGAGAGGGUGUGAAAGAGCCUAGACCAGAAGUUUAUAAAGAUCAGAAUUACUAUGGAGGUAAUUUUAAUCAGAAACAGGGUGGGGAUUCGACGGUGCAAGGUUCGAGGACGAGUGACGGCAAGGUGGAGUCUGGAUCAGAAAGAAGGGGUUAGUAUUAUCGACUGUAUAUUUCUUUGUGAUUUGAUGAUUUUUGAUUUGAUGAUUAGAUGAUGAUUAUGAUGAUGAUGGGAGAAUUGUUAAUGGUGUUACUGGACAUAUGACAGCUCUACGGAAAUGAAGGAGACUAUAACGGGAAGGGAAAUUAUGGAGUCUUAUAAAACUAGGGAAAUUAUUUUUUUCUAAUGUAUUUAUUUAACUUUGAGCUUCGUACAUCGCGUGCAUCUCUAUUAAUUUUAGAACAUUUAUUGUUUAUGCAGUCGCUCUAGACCCGAAGCUCGGGGUAGUCCUGAAUUUGUUAAAGAUGAAAGCCCUGCUAAUGGAAGAUACCACAGUCGCUUUAGACUUGAGGUCGAGGAACGCCUGAUUAUCCUAAAGAUGAACUUCUAAUGGAAGAUAUCACAUGUUCAUCGUUCUAGACCUGAAACUCAGGGGAACUCCUGAUUAUGCUAAAGAUGAAGGCCUUGCUAAUGGAGGAAGAUACCACAGUCGAUCUCCUCCACCACGAGAGAGGUCGAGAUCCUAAGCAAGGAGAUGGUCACAAAUCGGUCACUUGAAGGGCUGUUUCUGGAGAGGGGACGAUAUCCUAAGCAAAGAAAUGAUCUUGAAUCAGUAUUUGUCAAGUGCAGGUUUUAGAGGAGAGCUAUAGUUGCUUAAAAGUACCCUAUUUGUGAAAAUGCAUGUAUCAACAAAUUUACAAUUGAAUUUGAUAUUGUGUUAGUGGUUUGAUGUAUUUUGAUAUCCCUUUAGAAGAGGGUUCAUAAGUGCUUAUGCUGUUGUCGAACCGUGGCUGAACUAUUUGUAUAUAGACAUGAUUUCAAGUGUGAACAUUUUGUAAAUUUUGUUAAUUUUAUGGAGACGUUCUUGAGUCA